GCUCGGUGCCGAAUUGCAGACAAUUCGAGAGACAAAUCGCAAUCCAAUUCCAGCCGUCCGGGUUUUCAAAUAUUUAAAAAACAAUCUACUAUUAUCAAAUUUACAAGAUAAUCUUCUCUAUUUAUGUAUAUGAUGCCUAUUUACGUAACAACCGAACUACUAGUAAUUACCCAUUAAUUAACUAACACCGAAGUAACGACUUCUAUAUCAAUAUUAUAUCAUAAUAAAAGCAAGUGAUCAAAAAAAUCUUAGUUUGGAAAAUAUUUGUAAUUGGAGCAUCACACUGCACUGUGUUUGCCGGGAAACCUUCCAGUUUCCCACUCUCCGAUUUGCAUCCACACAUUUCUCAAACUCAUUCUAUUUCAUUUAAUUUCAUUCUUCACUUUCUUCCUCUUUCUUUCUUACAUUCUAACUUUCUCUCCCUCUUUUUUCCUACAGGAUUUUCUGAACUUCAACUUCAACCACGCCUCAACAUCUACACCGUCACGCUGUUAAUCGCAUUCCAAGCAUUUUCUUUAUGCAUUUUAGUGUUGCUCUUUGCUGAUUUUAUUUGUUAGGGUUUCGGUUCUUAGUUAUUCAUAUGUAAUCUGUUCUUUACUAUCUUAAAAGAAACUAAUUCUUGGUUGCUUCUUUUGUAAUUAUUUCUCCAUACUUAAUAAUCAAACUUUAUACCUUUCAAUUGUUCUUACCCAUUACUGCAUAAUCAUCACUCUCUGUUCAAUUUUUUUACUUUUACUAUUCACAUUGUUUUCUACAUUUUUAUAGUGUUUAUAUACAUUGAAUUGAAAGAAAAUAUAUAUAGUUAUUGUAGUAGUAAUAUUUCAAAGAAAAAGAAACAAAGUGUAACAUUUUGUUGAUGGGGAGCCCUGGGUUGAGUAACCGCAAUAGCGGGCAGCAGAAGUGGUUAGGGAUUACAGAACCCAUCUCAUUGAUUGGACCGACCAAAUAUGAUAUCGUCAAAACCUGUGAACUCGAGAAGUACUUGCAAGACGCCGGCUUGUAUGAGAAUAAGGAGGAAGCAGUUUGCAGGGAGGAAGUGCUUGGCAGGCUAGACCAGAUUGUGAAGAUUUGGGUCAAAACCAUUACGCGAGCAAAGGGAUUUAACGAACAAGUGGUGCAAGAAGCAAAUGCCAAGAUUUUUACUUUUGGCUCCUAUCGUCUGGGGGUGCAUGGCUCUGGAGCAGAUAUUGAUGUUCUUUGUGUGGGACCUAGAUAUGCAACCAGAAAUGAAGAUUUCUUUGGGGUGCUACACAAAAUGCUAUCUAAGAUGCCAGAAGUGACAGAGUUGCACCCAGUGCCUGAUGCUUAUGUUCCAGUGAUGGGUUUCAAGUUCAACGGUGUCUCUAUGGACCUCCUUUAUGCAAAUUUAUCUUUGUGGGUUAUUCCUGAAGACUUGGAUUUAUCACAGGAAUCGAUAUUACAAAAUACAGAUGAACAAUCUGUUCGCAGUCUUAAUGGAUGUAGAGUGACUGAUCAAAUCUUGAAUUUGGUUCCAAAUGUUCAGGUAUUGGAUAUAAAUUCCGUAGACAAAGAUAGAAUUUUUAUGUCCAGCUUUGAUGUGACUUCUGGCUUUCCUAUAAUGGGUUAUAUUUCCAUUUCUGAACUGCAGAACUUUCGUACAACAUUGAGAUGCAUGAAGUUAUGGGCUAAGCGCCGUGGCAUUUAUUCUAAUGUUGCAGGUUUUCUUGGUGGUAUAAACUGGGCAUUGCUUGUUGCUCGAAUAUGCCAGCUAUAUCCGAAUGCGCUGCCUAAUAUGUCGGUGCCUCGAUUCUUUAGGAUAUAUACAGAAUGGCAUUGGCCAAACCCAGUAAUGCUUUGUGAAAUUAGAUAUGGAUGUCUUGGACUUAGAAUUUGGGAUCCUAGACGACACCGGGAGGAUAGGAACCAUCUAAUGCCAAUAAUUACUCCCGCUUAUCCUUGCAUGAAUUCUAGCUUUAAUGUGUCGUCAAGUACAUUGCGUAUCAUGACGGAGGAGUUUCAACGGGGACAUGAAAUUUGUGAGGAUAUGGAGGCUAAGAAAGCUGAUUGGGAUACUCUUUUUGAGAAUUAUCCAUUUUUUGAAGCUUAUAAGAAUUAUUUGCAGAUAGGCAUUUCAGCGAAGAAUCCUGAUGAUCUUAGAAACUGGAAAGGCUGGGUUAACUCCCGCUUGCGCCUGUUGAGAUUGAUGAUUGAGGGGAGCACUAAUGGCAUCCUUCAGUGUCAUCCACAUCCUGAGGAUUUUUCAGACAAAUCUAGACCUCUGCACCGUUCUUACUUCAUGGGUGUGCAACAUAAGCAAGAAGUUCCUGCCAAAGAAGGCGAACUAUUUGAUAUAAGACAAACCCUUGAUGAAUUUAAGCAUUCUGUCAAUAACUACACUCAACGGAAACAUGGAAUGGAUAUAUUUAUCACGCAUGUGAAACGCCGCAAUAUACCUGUCUUUGUAUUUCCAGGUGGUGUUCGGCCUAACUGCCCAUCCAGGGUAACCAGGGUGAGUAAUCGAAGUUCAGAGCUUAGAAUUUCCGGCCAUGGUCAAGCAGAGUUAGGAGAUAACAAUGAUAGGAAGAGAAAGCAAGCAGAAGAUAGUGUGGACGCGUUGAGAAUUUCCAAGUCCUUUUCAGGGGAGUAUCCUUCUGGGAACAGAAACUCCGGUAAGGAGAAAAGCAUCUCAGAAAUUAACCCUCUACUUACUACUACGGGUGCAUCCAGUUCUAAACAAGCAGAAAAGCUCGGUAUCGAAAAUAUUACGCGUGGUCCAUAUGAUGCACAUCAAGUCUUUUCAGAAGAACCUGAUGAGCUUGAAAAUGAUCUUGAGUACAGAAAUAAAGACAAAGAUUUUGGCGGGAAUAUGAAAAACAUCAGUUUGAACUCUCCAUACUCAGAGUCUAAAGUGGCAGCAGAACCAGUUUUUUCUCAAAAGGAAAAUAGUAGUUCAACUCAUAUAUACUCCAAUGAGAGCUUGGAGGAGCUUGAGCCUGCUGAGCUAACACCGCCAUUGUCAAGUGGGAAUUAUGCACCGGUGCCACAACGGAAGUCAAUAUUUAGGUUCACCACAUUAGGCAAAUCUGCUGACAAAGGUUCCUAAGACUUUUGCAAGCUUUAGCUGCUGAUAAGCUGGGAUGUUGAUGCACGUUUCUAGCUUCUUGCUUUCUGAUUGACAAUAAUGUUGAUACUGCAAAUAAGCACCGAGUUAGAAUAACAUGGAGCCAUCACACAUGUUUGCAAUCAUUUUCAAUUUAAAGUUUAAGAUUUCUAUGUAUGGUUUGAUUUUUUAUAGCAGGCAUGACUUUAUGUGAGAAUUCCUUAAGUAGAAUUUAGGAACACAGCAGUGAAAUAGCGAUAGCAUAUAGAUUGUUCAGUGUGCGUAAUUCUCUUCAUACCACUUGAGGAAGUCACUACACAUUGCUUGGCAAGUCAGAGAAAUGUAGAAUUCAUUCUAUUGUUUAUAUUUUUUUGUAUGGAAUGAAACAGUGAAAUGUAGAAUUCAUUCUAUUGUUUAUAUUUUUUUUCUGUGGAAUGAAAGUGUAAAACGUAGAGAAUUCAUUCUAUUGUUUA